AAUGGUUUAAUCAUAUGUCCAACUUUAGUAGUGUAUUUGCAUGGCAUGGCAAUGAAGGCCUUUCCUAUAAUUUGCUUUGCUUUAGCUUUUUCCGGAGCGCUAUCCCAGAGGAAGUUCCCGGAAACUUUCAGAUUCGGAACCGCUGGGGCUUCCUAUCAAAUCGAAGGAGGAUACAAUGAAGAUGGUAGGGGGCCGAGUAUAUGGGAUACUUUCUCCCAUAUCCCAGGAAACAUAAAAAAUAAUUCCAACGGUGAUGUCGCUUCCGAUUCCUACCACAAAUACAGGGAAGAUGUAGCCAUAUUGAAGGACUUGGGAGUGCAACUCUACCGUUUCUCCAUUUCCUGGUCCAGAAUCUUUGCCAAUGGAACUCCGAACACAUUCAAUCAAGCUGGAGUUGAUUACUACCUCAGUCUGAUUGAUGAAUUGCGUGAAAACGGAAUAGAACCGGUUGUUACCCUCUACCACUGGGAUUUGCCUCAAUACCUGGAAGACCUUGGCGGUUGGCUCAACCCUCAAAUAGCCGACUAUUUUGGCGAAUAUGCCCGAGUAAUCUACAGGACUCUUGGACCUUAUGUGAAAUACUGGGUCACCCUCAACGAACCAGGAUCAACUUGCUCUUUAGGAUACGGACAGGGCAUUCACGCACCAGGAAAGAGCUUGAUCGGAGAUGGAAUCUAUACAUGCGCCUACAAUCAUCUUAAGGCUCACGCCAAAGCCUACAGAAUCUACGAUGAGGAGUUCAAGGCUGAGCAAGGAGGAAAAGUAACCAUCAACAGUGCCGCUUCUUAUUACUACCCUAAGGACAGCGACAGUCUUCUAGACCAGGAAGCAGCUGAGAGAAGUUUUGAAUUUAAUGCCGGUUUGUAUGCAAACGCAGUCUUCAAGGGUAACUGGCCCCAAGUAGUCAUCGAUAGAGUAGCCGCUAGAAGCGAACUAGAAGGCUACUCAUUCUCUAGGUUGCCGGAAUUCACCCAGGAAGAAAUUGACUACAUCAACGGAACUUUUGACUAUUUUGCUUUAAAUAUUUAUACCAGUGCAAUUGCUGAGUAUUCUGAGGAUUGGGAAAUUAGCACUCCAUCAAUCUGGCUGGACCAAGGAACGAUUACUUCCGGAGACCCCUCAUGGCCCACAAGUGCGUCUUCAUGGCUAACCUCCGACCCACCAGGAGUUAGACAUCUACUCAACUACAUCGACAAGAAAUACAAUCCAGGAGAGUUCAUUAUCACUGAAAAUGGAUGGUCUACGCUUCCAGGAGAGUUGGACGAUCAAUCCAGAAUCGAAUAUCUCAGCGGCUAUUUGAGCAACAUCUUAGAUGCCAUCCUGGAUGAUGGAAUUAACGUAACCGGAUACACACUGUGGAGUUUGUUAGAUAACUUCGAAUGGGCGGAAGGAUACACGCAAAGAUUUGGAAUCGUUCAAGUAGACUUUGAAAGUCCAGAGAGAACCAGGACUUACAAAGCUUCGGCUGAAUGGUACAAGCGCGUAGUUGAAGCCAGAGCCAUUGUUGACUAAACAGUACAGCGAAAUUGCCCAAUAAAAGUCUUCCAUGCAA